CUGCAGUCAGCCCUGUGACUCAGACAGACAGUCAGAGAGACAGACAGACAGGCAGGCAGACAUCACGAACAGCGCCCCGUUUCACGCAUACGCCUGUGUCUUUCAUUUUGAUUAAUUAGCGGUAAAUUGACGGAUCCUCGCCGGUAUGAACACGGAGGAGACGAACGUGGAUCUGAAGGAUGCUGAGACCAAAGAUGCGCAGCCGAAGGAGGCGGCGGAUCCCGCUCAGGUCAGCGCGGAUGCUGACGCGACGGAGGCCGAUGUGAGCGAAGCGGACCUGGACCAGGAGGAGCAGGAGAAGCAGCCGAUGACCGGAGGAAAAGAUCAGGGUGGGGACGCUCCGUCCGCCGGUGCAGAGGUAGCGGGGGCGGAGAAGAACGGCUCCGUGAAGCUGAAAAUCCCGGAGGAGGCGGAGGAGGUGAAAUUUACCGGGCUGAACAAAGAGGAGCUGCUGAGGGUGGCCGGGACCCCGGGCUGGGUGCGGACCCGCUGGGCGUUGCUGGUGGUGUUCUGGCUCGGCUGGUUGGGGAUGUUGGUCGGAGCCGUCCUCAUCAUCCUGCAGGCUCCUCGCUGCAGAGAUCUACCCGCCACCAACUGGUGGAACGAAGGCCCGCUUUACCAGAUCGGAAACAUCCAGGCCUUCACCGACACCCGCAACCUGAAAGGUGUGGAGCAGAAGGUUGGCAGCUUGUCUCAGCUGAAGGUUAGAGGUUUGGUGGUUGGACCGAUCCAUGUUGCUCCAGCGGAUGAAGCCAUGAACCUAAGAUUCGAGGAGGUUUCCCCCGAAGUCGGAAACCUGGAGCAGUUCAAAGGCCUUGUACAGGCCGCUCAUAAGAAGGGCAUCUCUGUGGUUCUGGAUCUGACUCCAAACUACCAGGGAUCAUCUGGACCCUGGUUCUCCAACAUCAGUGUGACCAACGUAGCUGAGAGGCUGAAGUCUGCUCUGGUGUUCUGGCUGAACGAAGGGGUGGAUGGUGUGCAGUUGUCGGGGGUGGAGCGAGUGGCCAGCGUGGUGCCAUCUCUGUGGGCCGACAUCCGAGUCAUCGUCCAGAACGGGACGGACGACCGUCCCAACAAAAGAGUCUUGAUCGGCGUCACAGAACACUCCUCGGCUGAAGACGUGUCCGCCCUCCUCUCUUUUACCGGCGUUGACUUGCUGAUCUCCAGGGUCCUCCUCCCACGCAACAUGGACGCUACGGACCGCGCUGAGACCGUCCAGCUCUUGUACUCAUCCCACAACCAGACCAAGCUGGCCUGGAGCCUGGGGGGGCUGGGCGAUGGUCACCUGGCGUCACUGGUGGGCCCGGCUCUGGUCAAACUGCACCAGCUGCUGCUGCUCACACUGCCCGGGACACCUGUCGUCAACUACGGAGAUGAGAUCGGCCUGAUAGACAAGGGCACCAAGUUUCCCAAGAUGCUUUGGGAGUCUGAUGAAGAGCUAAAUGGGACCGUGCAGGAGGAGCGAGCUGAGCGCCUCUCGUGUCGCAGUUUUUUCCGCAGUCUGAGCGAGCUUCGUGGCAAAGAGCGCUCCCUGCUGUUCGGAGACUUCCUGCUCCUCUCCAACUCCUCCUCCUCUCUGGUGUACCUGCGAGUCUGGGAUCAGAGCAAGCGUUAUCUGGCUGCCUUCAACUGGGCAGAGGAUGCAGCUGUGCUGCAGCUGAACAACGCAGCGCUGCCUCUGCGGGCUGAGGUCGUCUUCAGCACCAACAGCAGCGCGCUGCCUGCAGACAGCAGCGUGGACCUAGCAAACUUGCAGCUCGGCCCUGGGCAGGCCACGCUCCUCAGUUUUCCCUACACCGGAUAGAGUAUAUCUAUUGGAGCUCAGUGAGGUGUUAUUCAAAUGUUCUGGUUCAUAAAUGUUUCCUCACUCACAUUUAUUGUUGAAUAUAAAUGUCAUUGUGAUGAAGCCUGGUGUCUCUGUAUCAUGCAUGCUGUGAAAGCGAAAUAAA